AUUGAGGAGAGUACUGUUCGCUCUAAAAAGGAGGCCUCCAAAGACCUGAAGGCAGCACUAAGUGAAAAACCCAGCUCUGUGAAGGCAGAGGUUGUCUACUGCGUCAGGUUCCCCUCUCUCUCUGAGCAUAGCUCACACGCACUUGUUGGCGAGGUAUAUGUAUAUAUAUGCAUGCGGUCCUACCUAAAGAAUUAUAUAAAAAUGUUUAAUAAAUUACCCCUUUGUGAUAAACACAUAUAUUCUUUAUCCCAAAGAGGUCCUCUAAGAAGAACUUGAAGGUGUUGCAGAAGCAAUGUGCAGGCUAUCUAAAAGAAAUCACAGACCUCACCUAUCAUCUUCAAGAUGAACAGUACCUGACUGGCCUGUCUUCACAUCUGCAAAGCCUAUUGCAGGAAAUGAAAGCCCUUGUCCCACAGGAUAAAGAUCUUACACUGACCCUUUCCCCAAGGAAGAGAAAGGCUGAGGAGGACAUGGCCACCCUACCAACCCAGGGAGCGUCGCAACCUUUCACUGACAGUGUAGGACAGCAUGCAGAUUUGCAGAACACAUGCGAAGAACCAUGUUUGCCAAACUGA